AUGGUACGACUGCCCGAUACGAACCCGUCCGCUUCGGAAGCAUUAAAGGCUGGAGACUUCACAGCAACGCGUUCCUCCAAGUCCUUCGCCAAGGUCCCUGUCGAUCAAACCAUCGAGCAGACAUUCAACAGGGACAGCAAAACACCUGGUGGAAUUGUCGGCUUCUCACGAAACAAAGGCGCCGUGGAACGUUGGGUGCUAACUGCGCAUGAAUGUGCCGCUGUUACAUCAGCUUGUUACAGCUUGGCAGGUCUCGACCGAGACAACUCAUCGACUACCCACAAGGACAGCACCAAGCACCGUAUGACGAGAGACCAGCAUGAUGUUGAGGCCAUCGGCAAGGUGCUGAGUGAGUACGGAAACCCCUAUCAGCCAGGUGACCUUGUCAACCUUGCCACGAGAGAUGUACCCUCAGCUAGUGUGCAGAAGGAUUUGCAUGCGGCGCAGACGGUCGGAGAGAAUGCUGUGCAGGAGUUCAUUGCGAACAGGAUGGUCACCGAUGGAAGCAGCAUCUCUGACGUCUUGAAAAAGAACAAACUGGAGACGUUCAAGGCCCCCGCCAAGAGGAAGAAGUCCUCACGUGCUUGUCGAGCUGAUACUGCUUUGCAGCAGGUUAAGCUGUUCCAGCAACUUGUUGUCAUGGCGCAGGUGAGAACCAUUGACAUGAGGUUGCUGCUCACGCACGAGCUGGGUACACUUCCGCUAUCACUAGCCCAGGGUGACGGCACUCCAGUUACCACGCAGAAGUCGAAGCUCAUGGCAUUGCUUGAGCAAGUCGAGGACGUAGCUGAGGCUGCAAACUCGAUUCCUGAUGGGUGUGCGCUCGUAAUUGAUGCAAUGGCCAUGCUACGAGCUCAGACGUCACUUCCGCCGACAUUCGGCCAGGUAAGCGAACAGGUAUUGAAGUACCUGGUGAAGCUUCUCGUGUCCCAUAGGUCUAGCCGAUUAGACUUUGUAGCCGACGAGUACCACACCAACUCCAUCAAGUCGUUUGAGAGGCAGAGUCGUUCGCAUGCAUCCGCUGGACACAUCCGUCGCCACGUACAGCGCCCAGAUCAAGCCAUCCCCACGGAUUGGAGCAGAUUUAUGACCUGCGGUGAGAACAAGACUGAUCUUGUGCAGUUCUUCGCCGACCAGUGGGCAGAACGCCAAGCUGCUCUUCUACUACAUCCUGGCCAGAGCAUCUACGUGACUGUUGGCGUGAAGUCCUGGCGUCUGGAGGCCAAGGAUGAUGGCCAGUUCAGCGCAUCUGUCGAACCGUUGCUCGAGUGCACGCACGAAGAAGCGGACACGCGCAUGUUCUUGCAUGCCGAGCAUUCCCUCUGCCGUGGUGCAUCUUCCGUCUGCAUAUUCUCGCAAGACACUGAUGUCUUUGUCCUGGCUCUAGCGCAUUCAGCAUCUCUACAUGGAACUGUCUAUAUCCUCACUGGCCAGAAAUCCAAGAGGAGAGUGCUGAAUGUCACUGCAAUUGCCGACAAGCUUGGCCCGACAGUCUGCGGCGCUCUGAUAGGGCUCCAUGCUUUCACCGGAUGUGAUGCAAUCAGCGCCUUUUCUGGGAAAGGCAAAGCCCGUGGCCUGAAGCUUGUUAAGGGAAAUGGCAACCUCGCGGGUGCAAUGGCAGCUCUUGGGCAGAGUUUUGCAAUGCAGGAGUCCAUUUUCAAUGGAUGCAAGCAGUUUGUAUGUGCACUGUACGGUGCCACAGGCUCCUCUGCCGAUGUCAAUGGCUUGCGGUACAAGCUGUUCUGCGAUGCCAGCAAGGCACGAGACCCAAGGCAACUUCCACCUUGCGAGGACGCCCUUCUCCAGCACGCACGUCGUGCCAAUUACCAGGCAGCUAUCUGGAAGUCUGCGUUGCAACGCCAACCCGACCAACCCAGUCCUGAUGGCCAGGGAUGGACUAUCGAGGCAGGUGUAUUGAAGAUUACUUGGCUAUUAACCAACGUGGCACCCAAGGAGGUUCUAGCCAUGGUGAAGUGCAACUGCGUGGUCGGAGACUGCUCCAGCCAGAGGUGUGCAUGCCACAAGUCCAUGUUGCCUUGCACAGAUGUAUGUGGCUGUCGAACUUGCUCCACCAAACCUGGUUCCAGCCACCUUACAAGCAGCACCACCACUUCGGAGUCUGUGGAGGAUUCCUCCGAUUCCAGUGACUGUGGAUCUGACAGUGAUCCUGAGCCCGCUGAUCAGAAUGAUGCAGCCACAUGACGAGCCUGUCAUCAUUACUACUACAGUCUACGCAGUUGACUAUUUCGACACAUCCAAGACCAGACUCACCAUCGGAAACAUUGUCCAUCAUCUCUCCUACCCGGAUGGGACGAAGUAUCCGUUAACGCCAAUGGGUCAACGGGACAGGACGGGACAGGGGAUAGGUGUGUGUGUGUGUGUGUGUGUGUGUGUG